GUUAGUCCUCCGUUACUCUAGGGGGCAGCAUAAUAUCAAGUCACCUCUUUGUUGUUUUCCGGGCCGGAGUUUUCAAACAACAGUAGUAGCUAGCAAGCUACCAGCUACAUAUUUCUUGCUCAGGGAACUGCGGUGGGCUAUUGACUGUUUCGGGUAUCGCGGGCUCGAUUGUUGAUAAACAAUGUCAGCGAGCUCCAAAAGGAGGAGAGCGACUUCACCCUCCAGCAGCGUGAGUGGAGCCGGGGACCUCGAUGACACCGCCUCUACCCCUGGUAGUGGUAGGAAGAGAAGAAGAGUCACCAACGUUACUCCAGUAGACAUGAUCGCUGUGUGCCACGAGUUGUUCAACGCUGUCAGGGAGCACAAGGAUGACCACGGCAGACAGCUGAGUGAUGUUUUUCUAAGGGUACCAAAGAGAAGGAAUCAGCCUGAUUAUUACGAAAUUGUGUCUCAGCCGAUUGAUUUGACAAAGAUUCAGCAUAAGCUCAAGUCGGAGGAUUAUAAUGACGUGGAGCAGCUCACCGCGGAUUUUCAGCUCAUGUUCAAAAAUGCAAAAUCCUUCUACAAGAGAGACAGCGAGGAGUAUCAGGCGGCAUGUAAGCUGUGGGAGGUUUAUUUACUAACGAAAAACGAGUUUGUGCAGCCUGGAGAAGGAGAUGCUGAUGAUGAAGACGGCGAGGAGUCGAUGGAUAACACAGGGAUGUCUGCUGAAGAGGAGACUUCAGUUGGGAGUUUGAAGGAGGUUUUGGAGCAACUGCUGGAGGCGGUUGUGUCGUACGCUGACCCCUCAGGGCGUUUGGUCAGUGAACUGUUCCAGAAACUGCCGUCCAAAGUGCAUUACCCAGACUACUAUGCCAUUAUCAAGGAGCCAAUAGAUUUGAGGACAAUUGCGCAAAGAAUACAGAUUGGAUAUUAUAAAAGUCUCAAUGCUAUGGCCAAGGACAUUGAUCUAAUGGCCAAAAAUGCCAAAACCUACAACGAACCAGGAUCUCAGGUUUUUAAGGAUGCUAAUAUGAUAAAGAAAGUUUUCAUCCAGCGUAAGACAGAACUUGAACAUGCUGAACCCACCAAAUCCAGUGUGCGUAUCAGGAACUCGCCUCCCCUCGUGUCGUAUCUGAACGUGUCGAUGUUUUCAGGCUCUGUUUGCUACGACGAGGGAGAGUCCGAAGCUGAGAGUCAGAGUUCCAGUAUGGAGAUGAGCAACCCAAUCUUCCAGUUAUAUGAAGCUGUGAGAGGCGCCAGGAACAACCAGGGCCAAGUCUUCUCCGAACCGUUCCAGCAGCUGCCGUCUCGCAGGGAGUACCCUGAUUAUUACCAGCAGAUCAAACAGCCAAUCGCUCUGCAGCAGAUCAGGGCAAAGAUGAAGAACGGUGAAUAUGAAAAUGUGGAGCAGAUGGAGUAUGACCUCAAUACGAUGUUCGAAAAUGCAAAACGCUACAACAUGCCUAACUCAAGCAUCUACAAGCGGGCCUUCAGGCUGCAGCAGAUCAUGCAGUCAAAGAAGAGGGAGCUCCUGAGGAGAGACGACGACGAUGGAGACAGCAUCCUGUCCUCUGACGCAGGGAGCGUCAAGAGAAAAAGCCAUAAGAAAAAUUUCAAAAAGAACCGCAUGAAGGCCCUGUACGCUGCCGUGACGGAGGCCAAGGAGGCCGGCCUCAACCGACGUCUCUGUGACCUUUUCAUGGUCAAACCAUCCAAAAAGGAUUAUCCCAACUACUACAACGUCAUCCUGGAGCCCAUGGACCUGAAGACCAUCAAACACAACAUUCACAAUGAGCGCUAUGUCACGGAGGAGGCUCUGAUGGACGACAUGAAGCUGAUGUUCCGCAACGCCAGGCAUUACAAUGAGGAGGGUUCACAGGUUUACAAUGAUGCUGAUAUUUUGGAAAAGAUACUGAUGGACAAACGGAAGGAGUUAGGACCUGCUCCAGAAGAGGAGGACGUGGGCUCUCCAAAACUGAAACUCAGAAAGACUGGUGUUUCUCCAAAGAAAUCCAAAUACCUCACGCCUCUCCAGCAGAAGCUGAAUGAACUCUACGAUGCUGUGCGUAACUUCACUGACCGCCGAGGCCGCCGCCUCAGCACCAUCCGCCUGCCAUCGCGCUCCGAGUUGCCUGAUUACUACGCCAACAUCAAGAGACCCAUCGACAUGGAACGCCUGCGCAGCCACAUGGCGGCUGGUCGUUACCAAGAUGUUGAAGCUCUGGUGGAGGACUUUGCUCUGAUGUUCAACAACGCCUGCAUCUACAACGAACCAGAGUCCCUCAUCUAUCGCGACGCUCUGGUGUUGCACCGCGUGCUGCUGGAGACGCGUAAGCAGCAGGAAGGAGGCGAGGACUUCGGGCCCCCGGCCGUGGGACCUCUGGUGCGGGAGCUGAUUAGGAACCUCUUCGUGUCUGUGAUGAGCCACCAGGACGAGGAGGGUCGAUGCUACAGCGACUCGCUGGCGGAGGUCCCCGCCGUGGAUCCCGUCGCCCCCGAGAAACCGCCGCUUAACUUCGAUAUCAUACGGAUCAACGUGGAGCGAGGACGCUACAGGAGACUGGACAUUUUCCAGGAACACGUGUUUGAGGUGCUGGAAAAAGCACGGAAGCUGAACAGGACUGAUUCUGAGAUAUUUGAAGAUGCUGUGGAGCUGCAACAGUUCUUCAUCAAAAUCAGGGACGAGUUGUGCAAGAAUGGAGAAAUCCUACUCUCCACCGCCGUCAACUACACAAUAAAACACCUGCACAGUGAUGUGGAUCAGGAGAAGAGGGAAAAAAUCCCCAAAGAGAUCGAGGAGGACAAACAAAAGAAGGAAGAAGAGGGAGUCAAUAAAGACAGUGAGAAAAUUGCGGACGAUCCGGGAAAAACGUGGCAGCCGGAGUCAGAGCCUCAGCGUGUCUACAGUCAGGACUGCAGCUUUGAGAACAGCACAUACCAUGUGGGAGACUUUGUUUAUGUGGAGCCUUCAGAGCCGAACCUGAAGCCACAUGUCGUCUGUAUCGAACGUCUGUGGGAGGACGAAGCCGGUGAGAAGUGGCUCUACGGCUGCUGGUUCUACAGACCCAACGAAACCUUCCACCAUGCCACGCGCAAGUUUUUGGAAAAGGAGGUCUUUAAAAGUGACUACUACAACAGAGUGUCCAUCAGUAAAGUCCAGGGCAAAUGUGUGGUCAUGUUUGUGAAGGAUUAUUUCAAACUGCAGCCUGAAGGCUUCAGACCCGAGGACGUCUACGUCUGUGAAUCGCGCUACGCUGCCAGGAACAAGUCCUUCAAAAAGAUCAAGCUGUGGGCCAUGUCCGGGAGCUCCGUCAAGUUCGUUCCUCGGGAGACGUCGCUGCCUGUGGUCCGUGUCGCCUCCAUAUUUGCCAAGCCUGACCUGGACAAGCUGACGGUGUCCUCUGCAGACGGAGGCAGCUUCGUGGACAAGGAGAGAGAGAACGUCCCCAUGGAGACGAACGCAGCCGAGCCUGGCUGUCAAUAUUAUGAGCAGUUAUUUUGCAACAACACGUGGUUUAAAGUGGGAGAUUGUGUUUACAUCCAGUCUCAUGGUCUGCCCAGGCCCAGGGUUGCCAGGAUAGAAAAGCUGUGGGUUCAGAACGCAUCGGUUCUCUUCUUUGGACCGAUUUUCAUUCAACCUGAGGAAACUGAGCACGAACCCACGAAGAUGUUCUACAAAAAAGAAGUUUUCCUGAGCAAUCUCGAAGAAACUUUGCCCAUAACCUGUGUCAAAGGCAAAUGCGUAGUUUCGUCCUUCAAAGACUACCUGUCCUGCAGACCCACUGAGGUCCCAGAAGACGACGUCCUGCUGUGCGAGAGCCGCUACAUUGAGACGGAGAAACAGAUGAAGAAGUUUAAAGGUCUCAAACGUUUCUCCUACACGGCCAAAGUGGUGGAGGACGAGAUCUACUACUUCAGGUGAGCCAGUAACACAACAACUCGAUGUUUCAUGUUUUUCACGCAGUCCACUCCUAAAGUGAAGGGUUUGUCUAAGAAAGAAGGGGCCAAGAGGAAGAUCAACAUGAGCGGCUACAUCCUGUUCAGCAGUGAAAUGCGAGCGGUCAUCAAAGCCCGACACCCGGACUUUUCCUUCGGGGAGCUGAGUCGACUCGUGGGCACAGAGUGGAGGAACCUGGAAGCCACCAAGAAAGCCGACUACGAAGAACGCGCCGCCAAAAUAGUGGAGCAGCAAGAACGGGACAGGCCACCCCAGAAGCAAGCAUCUCCCAGAGCAGGUACCCCAGUAGGGGCAAUGAUGGGAGUGGUGCCUUCGCCUAGCACUAUGGGAAUGAUAAACCAGUCCAUGACACCUGUGUCAGGCAUGAUGGGAGCUUACGGCCCACCUUAUAUGCCCAUGCAUGGCCCCCAUGAGGGCUUGUUGAGCGUGGCUACAAUGUCACCUCACCCUGCAGGGGGGCACCACCUUCCUCCUCACCAUCUGCAGCACGGUGUGCCGGGGUACCCCGGUAUGCCCCACCAGGGUGUGAUGGCCCCCGGUGUGAAUGGAAUGGCCGCACAAGGAAACUUUAUUCAGCAGCCUGGUAUGUUCAGCCCGGGGCAGCACGCCCCCCCUCCCCCUCCGUACCCUGGGCAGGGGCAGCCUUCUCACCUGCAGCCUACCACACCCAUGUUUGUGGCUCCACCUCCAAAGACUCAGAGGGUUCUUCACUCAGAGGCCUACCUUAAAUACAUUGAGGGCUUGAACUCAGAGUCUUCAACCAUCAGCAAGUGGGACCAAACUCUUAGAGCUCAAAGACGAGACGGUCACCUGACUAAAGAGCAGGAGAGUAGGCUGCCAGCUCAUUGGCUCAAGAGCAAAGGAGCCCACACCACGAUGGCGGACGCACUGUGGCGUUUGCGUGACUUGAUGCUGAGAGACUCGCUGAACAUCCGUCAGGCAUAUAACCUGUGACCUUUAAAAAAAAAAAAGUUACACUUGAACCACUAUAACCAG